AAAUGCCCCUGGGCCGCAACGGUUCCGCCACGAAAGGCACUGCUAGGGUACUGGGUUACCUGACUCAAAACCUGCUCCAGACUUAUAACAGUUGCAUAUGUACCAUACCUUUUCUGCUCUGCGCUCUCACUCAGGAUGAAUGUAACAACUCUCUCUGCAACUGACUUUCCCAUAAAGUCCGUGAAGAUCUUCAGCUCACACGCAGCUGAGGUCACUCGCGUUUUCCCCCUCGACUUUACCCAGCUGCAGUCUCCAAAUGAGUCGCAGGCCAUCAAGAUUUCGAUGCUUCCCGCCCUGUAUCCUGGUGGACUCCGGGUGUCUGUGACAACUGGUUCAGACGAUGUGCUGAUCAUGGAUUACUACCACACCUCGCCUGUCUUUGGCAACAUAUUCAAUACUUCUCGCAACCAGCCUAUUGUCAGUGAUGUCCUUUGUGAUCUGACGGCCAAGUGCACACGCUUAGAGGACGAGCGUCGACUAAGGCAACAAAGUUUCGCCUUCCUGUCGACGUACAUGAACGCCCUUGCAAAGGGAGACGCUCCCAGUGCGGAACCUGCACAGCUAGUUACGUUCUUCGAUGAAUUCGUGGAGAUUGGCAAGAAUCAAUCCGAAGUCAUUGCGGUACUUGACCAGCAGAUCAAGGACGUUCAGAAGGAGAUAGAGAAAGAAAACUGGCGACUUCAGGACGAAAACUUCGGCUUGAGGACGACAGUUACUGUUGUCCUUGCACCCGUUUCUGGCCGCACUGCUACGGCCGCUGAGCUGGAACUGAAGUACAGAGUUUUUUUGGCUGACGGCUGGAAACCAGUCUACGAACUACAUGUCACGACCAUUGAUAGUGUCCCCUCUUCAUCAGUUUCUCUCACUUAUCGAUGCCAAAUAUCUCAGUUUACAAGGGAGAAUUGGGAGAAUGUGGAGCUUUCGGUGACAACAGCCGAGCCCGAUCUUCCUUUGGUAGGACUGCCUAAGCCAAAGAAGCUGGAGAUAAGGCAACGAGGGUUGGUGUCGCAGCCUGACUCGUACCAUCAACAGGCAUCCCGGCCCACGCAACUUACGCCAGUCUGGCAUGCUCCAAUCUGGAAUGCACCAGGAUAUGCUUCACCUUUUGGAAAUAUUCUGUCCUCAUCACAGCAGGCUGGGCAAAGCCUAUUUGGAAGUGCUCAGAGUGCUGCUCACCAAGCAGACCCCAGCCAAGGCUCCACCGGGGCUGCACAGGGACCUGCAUCAAGCAACCUGUUCGGAGCUUUCCAGAGACAACCCACCACCACAACUCAAGGUCUCUUUGGAUCCACUCCAGCACAGUCAGAUGCAGGUCAAGGAAUGUUUGGAGCUUCAGGAUUUCACCUUUCAGCGCAACCACAGGCGUCGUCCCCAACAAUUACACUACCUCCCCCGUAUUCAUCCACACGAAACUCAAGUGUGUCGAGUUUUAGCAGAAGUGCCACUACGGAGAACACCCUUGGCUUCAAUCGACCAGCGCCAAACUUGCAUCAGUCUCAAACGUUUGCUUCUUCGUCCACUCCGGCGCAACCAUCCUCGCCACAGCACCAACAUGGGGAACGCGCAAUGUUGGCAGAGCUCGACAAAGACGUUACUCACUCAGCGACUGCGAAAGUGUUCAUUCCAAGUCGCCAGGGGUUCGACAUCCAUCACGUCCUCAUUGCAACCAUCCCACUGACAGCGUCAUUUACAAGAGUAGCAGUACCAAGCGUUGAUACCCGCGUCUUUUUUACUUGCGAGAUCCCCAAUACCAGCAACUAUGUACUUACUCCGGGCAUCGUUCACAUUUACCUAGAUGGAAGACACGUUUCUGACUGCAACAUCACGAGCGCCAACCAGCCACAAACCAUCCAGUGCUCUCUUGGUGUCGACCCCGGAGUGACCACGCAGUUCAACCGCACCGUCGACUCACUACUUCGCUUAGCCGUAGUCGGUGACAGGACUGUUACAGCGCAUACGAUCACGACUACCAUCACAAACACGCACCAAGACCCCGUCAGCAAUGUCAUCGUUCGUACAUCGCUGCCAAUCCCUGCAGACCCUCGCAUUACAGUCUCAUUGCAAGAGCCCGAAGGCCUGGCUGACAUCGCUUCGGGCACGGUGCGGGUACGAGAUGGGUGUUAUGCGAGGUGGUCAACCACUGGGGACCAUGCAGGAAAAAAUGAAGGACUUUUCGAGUGGGUUUGCAGUAAUGUAAAGCCCGGUUCAGAGGUGUUGAAAGCGGUGUGGUAUGUGACUGCUCCUCACGAUCUCAGUUUCACAGAAGAGUAGUACCUGCCUGUUUGCGGCGACUGUCUCAGAAGAGAGC